AUGUUCUUUUCCAGGAUGAGGGACCACGGUGGUCUGGACAAGGCCCUCGUGAAGGAGCUUAAAUCUUGCUGUGCGCGAGAGGGCUAUUUCCUGCCCAGUAAAUCUGGUUUGAAGAUGAUCGAAAUAUCUGAGAACGGCGUGUCAGCUAAGUGCAGAGAUGCCCAAGUGGAGGAGUUGUGGGGUCUGACCAGCUUUCAUGGCUACAGCAUGCAAACGUUUGUACGAGCUGUCAACCUGUUUGAUCGGUUUCUCACCCUCGUGAAGGCCGAGCCCAAACACGUGCCACUUGUGUCGGUGUGCUGCCUGGGCUUGGCAGCCCGCGUCACAGAGGAAGCUGCGGAUGUGGCGCCCUCCCACCAACCGCUCGGCCGCUUCAGCACGUCGGAGUUGCUCCGCACGGAGGAAGCGCUGGCGCUACAGCUGGGCUCCGACACCCCCGCGCCCACAGCCUUCACCUUCCUGCACCUUUACUACUCAGCCUUGGACAGCGCAUGUCAUGACGAGGGAACAGAGAUCCCGAAUGUGGCCAAGCUAGAAGCUCAGCUGAAAGCCUGCUUGUGUCGGCUGGUUUUCGCCAAAGCAAAACCGUCCGUGCUGGCCCUGGCUCUCGUGGCAAACGACAUGGGGAACCUGCAGUCCCCCGCUGCGACCGAGGUGGUUCGGCAGCUGCAAAGACUAGCAAAGGUGGGUAACAGUGAUCUGCGCCAUUGGAGAAACCUGGUGGCCAAGCGUAUGACAGAGUACCGGUCGACUCGGUGCCACAAGCCUGAUGGCAGGAAACUGGUGUGGCCGCUUUCCAAGAGAACGGUGCGGAGUCUGCGCGCCGCACACUGCGCCACCCCCGGCCUUCCCACCAUACCCGAAGACGCCUGGGACCAAAGUGAGGAGGACACGAGUGGCGCUGAAGACAGCCCAUGUGGCUCUCUGGGCAGCGUUGGUGAAGGCACCUUCUUUCCCCUUUCGAAGCGGUUGAUAGACGAAGCUCUGUUGAACUUCAUUCUCAUGGACUGCCAGCCCCUCAGCAUUGUGAAGAUUGAAGGGUUCAAGGAACUGAUCCAGACCAUCAAACAAAUGGUGGCCAAAAAGUACCUGGAGGAACGGGAACAUGUGAAAAUGGAAGUACAGCAAGCUGUAGCAAACAUUGAGGCUUACUUGGCUCUGACCUGUCACUACGUUAAUGAGAAUUUGCAGUUGUGCUCCAUCUCCUUGAUGAAGAAGGAGGAGGAAGGAAGAGAAAGGCAGCACUGUAGGGAAUGCCAAGCAUCCGAGCUCCAUCCCCACCACCGCCAUCCUCCUCAUCAUGCAUCCGGGAAAAAAGCACCCGAGGCCGGCCAUGAACCUCCGCGGUUGAGCGCCCGAGCACCAGCGCUCGAAACAGCAGCAGCAGCGACGCCGGUGAUGCCCACGCUCGGCCGGAUUACGACGACGACGACGGCCGCCGAGUGA